AUGAAGAACCGUAUUUCGGAUCAAACCAGGAUUCUACCAAAGAGGAUAAUCCUAAUUCGUCACGGCGAAAGCCAAGGUAACCGCGACAAUUCCGCCUACACUGCAUGGCCAGACCACAAGAUUCCCUUAACACAAAACGGUUUAAAUCAGGCGCGAAUAGCUGGUCGUCAGAUUCUACGUGUUAUAUCUGACGAUGGGGAAUCGAACAAUUGGAAUGUUUACUUUUACGUUUCGCCUUACGAUCGAGCACGUUCAACGUUACGAGAGAUUGGUCGUGCAUUUAAAAGAGAGCAAAUUAUCGGAGUUCGAGAAGAGUGUCGGAUUAGGGAACAAGAUUUUGGGAAUUUUCAGGUUGAAGAAAGGAUGAAGGAUAUUAAGGAGACUAGAUUGAGAUUUGGUAGGUUCUUUUAUAGGUUUCCCGAGGGAGAAUCCGCUUCUGAUGUUUAUGAUCGUGUUUCUGGGUUUCUUGAAUCUUUAUGGAGGGACAUAGACAUGAACAGACAUCAUCAAGACCGAUCAAACGAUCUAAACCUAGUAAUGAUAUCCCAUGGAUUGGCUUCACGUGUGUUCAUGAUGAAGUGGUUCAAAUGGACCGUGGAACAAUUUGAGUUCCUUAGCAACUUUGGCAAUUGUGAGCUUCGUGUGAUGCAAUUGGGUGUAGGAGGAGAAUACAGUCUAGCAAUCCAUCAUUCAGAUGAAGAAAUGCAAAGGUGGGGAUUCUCCAACGAGAUGAUUGCUGACCAAAAAUUACGUGCACAUGCUAGCCGCGGAGAAUGGAAUGAAACUUCUCCAUUGUGUCUAGAUGUUUUUUUUGAUAAAUUUGAAGAGGAGGAUUCAACCGAUAACACUGUUCAAGAAGAUUGCGACGAUAGUGUUGAAGAAAAAUGUGAACACGAAGACGAAAAUACAAGCUAA